AUGCCAGCCGAUGAAUACUCCACCAUCAGUGGAGGCGGAAAACUGAAGCUCAAGGGCGUCAAAGAUGGCCGGGUAGACAAGACAAAGAAGAAGAAGAAGAAGCAUCAUAAACCUCAGGAAGAGGGCGCUGCGGUUUCAGCCGGGGAAGAGACAAGGGCGGAAUCGACAGAAGCAGCAGCAGAGACUGGGCAAGAAGAUGUAUCAAAAGAGGUAGCUCUGGGCGCCCAGAGUGAUGGCAGGAAACUGAAUGAGGAGAUCUCAGACUCUGGCGAGAAACGGGUUGUAUACAAGACUGAGGCGGAGAGGAAAUACGAGGAACAACGGAAGAAAAGGUUAAACGACAGACUGCGCCGAGAAGGCGUCAAAACACACAAGGAACGAGUGGAAGAAUUGAAUCGAUAUCUGAGUACGCUCAGUGAGCAUCACGACAUGCCCAAAAUCGGACCCGGAUAA